AUGGCGAAAACUUUUACUCGUGAGGAGGUUGCUAAGCACAACACCGAGGAUUCCCUCUGGUGCAUCAUCGACCACCGCGUCUAUGACCUAACCGAUUUUGUCGACGCUCACCCCGGCGGUGGGGUCGUGCUCGCCCAGGUUGCAGGCCAGGACGCGACAACCGACUUCUACAACCUGCACCGUCAGGAGGUGCUGGAGAAAUACCGCGACCAGCUCAGCAUCGGUACCAUCCAAGGCGAGAAACCCGAGGUCAUCCAGCCCGAAGCUGGAGCUCUCAGCCCCGUCCCCUACGCGGAACCCCUCUGGCUGCGCCCGCAGUUCAAGUCUCCCUACUACAAGGACUCCCACCGCCGUCUGCAGAAGGCUAUCCGGGAGUUCACGGAUAAAUACGUGACGCCCGAAGCCCAAGAGAAGGAGAGAGAUGGCACCUACAUCAGCCAAGAGCUGAUCAACCGUAUGGCGGAGACGAAUGUCCUCGCUAUGCGCUUGGGCCCCGGAAAGCAUCUGCAUGGCCGGACCUUGCUCGGAGGUGUUGUCGAUGGAAAGGAGUUCGAUUACCUCCACGACCUGAUUAUCACACAGGAGUUGGUUCGUGCCAACGCCAGAGGUUUCCAGGAUGGUAACAUGGCUGGUAUGGCUAUCAGUUUGACUGCUGUUCAGCAGUGGUUGAACAAUCCUGUCCUGAAGGAGCGCGUUAAUGCCGAGGUUCUCUCUGGUCAGAAGAAGAUGUGUCUGGCUAUCACCGAGGCCUUUGCUGGUAGUGAUGUCGCGGGUCUGAAGACCACUGCUGUUAAGACUCCCGAUGGAAAGCACUAUAUCGUUAACGGAACAAAGAAAUGGAUCACCAACGCCAUGUUCGCCGACUACUUUGUCACUGGCUGCCGUACCGAGAAGGGCUUCACAGUGCUUUUGAUCCCCAAUGGCGAGGGCAUUGAGACCAAACAAAUCAAGACUUCUUAUUCAACUGCUGCUGCCACCGCUUUCGUGCAGUUCGAGAAUGUCAAGGUUCCGGUGGAGAACCUCCUUGGCGAGGAGCACAAGGGCUUCAUCGUCAUCAUGAGCAAUUUCAACCACGAGCGCUUCAUGAUGGUCGGUGCCGUCGUCCGCAUGUCGAUGAUGGUUGUGGAAGAGACCCUGAAGUGGUGCAACCAGCGGAUUGUCUUCGGCAAGAAGUUGAUCGAACAACCAGUUAUCCGUCAGAAGAUCGCCCGCAUGAUUUCUCUCACCGAGUCCAACCAAGCCUGGCUCGAAUCCAUCGCCUACCAGAUGUGCAACAUGACAUAUGCCGAGCAGGCCAAGAAUUUGGGUGGACCUAUUGGACUGCUCAAGUCUCACGCUACGAAAUCGGCUGGUGAGAUCGCCAGCCUUGCUACUAACAUCUUCGGUGGUCGUGGCCUCACGCAGUCCGGUAUGGGCAAGGUCAUUGAGAUGUUCCACCGUACAUACAAGUUCGAUGCCAUUCUUGGUGGAACUGAGGAAAUUCUGGCCGAUCUGGGUGUAAGACAGGCUAUGAAGGGCUUCCCUAAGUCCAUGCUGUAG